AUGUCGAGCAUCAUCAUCAACACGCCGGCGCCAGACUUUGACAUUGUCGACCUCGAAACGGGGGCGACGUCGAGUUUUGCCGACAUUGCAGGCAACGGCAAGCCGAGCGUGGUCAUGUUUUACGCCACGUGGUGCAAUUCGUGCAUACCCGCCGUCGAGGAGUUUGAAAUGUGGUCGAAGCACAACAUCCCCACGCCAUACAUCAAUUUUGUCUUAAUCAACGUCGACAAACAUAUUGGAAACGCGAUCAAGUUUGUGUCGGAGAUCAAUCCCAAGACGAGAAAACCACGCGUGUGCACCGAGUACCACGGCGACGGUGACAUGCCCACGGUCAUCCACGUCGGCUGUGAAGACAUCCCCGAAGGAUACGGCGUGCAUGUGGUGCCGCACAAGCUGAUUUUGGACCAAAACGGGCUGGUCGUCCGCAACUUUGAAGAUUUUCACUGGGACGACAUUGCUGGCCUCUUCAAGCACCGAUUUGAGCAAGACAACCAGUGCCACUGGAAGCCAUUUUUGUUCCAGGACGAAGUGGCGGUCGGUGGCGGGCACGAGUAG